CAUGAUAAAGAACAAAAAGUAAUUGAUUAUAAAUUGGAGCAGUUUUGACAGCCUUUAUGUACCAUAGAGGCAUUAUGAAAAUCAUCUAUUUUUUGAGUAGAUAGAGAUUAUUAAAGUCAGCCAUAAAAUAGAAAAACAUGAAAACCUGAUAUGGUAAUAAAUUAUGACAAAUUAUUGAUGACAUCUUUCUGAUGAACAUAGAUAAACUUAAAUUGUAGAGUAUUUAUAAAUUGAGUGAAGGAAAUAAAAAAUGAAUAUUAAAUGAUUUUUGAUAGGAUCUUUGAGCACUAAGAACAGAAAAAGAACCUCAGAGGCUUUUUGCUAGUUAGGAUUAAAAGGAAAGAACGAAUUGU